AACGUCGCACUACGCGGGACAAAAGAGGGUCAUGCUAACCACGCACGAAAUAUGCAAGUACAAUAACAAAUGCCACAAUUAACAAGAACAUGUUAACUGCAUUAUGGAUAACAGACAUGACCCAACGAAACUUACAUCUUUUCAACCACUGACACCUGUGUUGUCAUCUGGUGGUUUCUCGCUUUCUCGAUUAUUUGAAUUUGGUCGUAGGAAAACAAGCCGUACUCCCAAACUUCCAGCAACACCGGAACAAGCAAGAAAAACGCCUGAAGAUGAUUCGGUAAAGACUGUGUCAACAGAAGAAAAUGUUAACGCAGCGGGUGCAACAAAAAGUGACAAAAAAGAAAACUUCUAUUCUUGGUUGACUGAAAGCGUAUCCAGCCAAACAAAGUUGUAUGGAGGAAAAGAGCCACCUGCUGAAGUACGAUUAACUCAGUCUGAAACUCAAUCACCAAGAAAAGAUAAAUGGAGAUAUCGAAAUGUUAAGACCAUCUUGAGAAGAUUAAGUGCAUUGACAAUAGACAGACGAUGGCAUCAGAGCACAGGAGAUUUCAAGCACAAUUUCAAACAAUAUUGGAUGCCUGAUGAGCAUUGCAAAGAAUGCUAUGAGUGUGGAGAUAAAUUUAACACAUUUCGUAGACGUCACCAUUGUCGAGUUUGUGGACAGAUAUUUUGUUACAGGUGCUGCAAUCAAGAAGUUCCAGGAAAAAUCAUUGGUUUUUCUGGUGAUAUCCGUGUAUGCAAUUACUGCAACAAAAUAGUACAAGCAUACUUAAAUGAUGAUCUUGAAAAAAGCAUUGAAGCAUUAAGUGAAGAUUUUGAUCCAACUUAUCGUUACGAUUUUGGUGGUAGUUCUGGUUCAUUAAGUUCUGUCAAAUCAGGUUUACCUUUUGAAGACGCUUAUCGUGUCAAACGUGCAGGAAGUUCCAACAGUAUCAACAACGGUGGCAAUGAGCGUUCCCCAACUCCAGCUCAGAGAUUUCCUUUUGAUGCAUUUGGAGUGGCACCAAGAGAAGCUAACCAGAUAAAACAGCUGCAAGAUUAUUUAAAGGAGUUAUGGAGCCACAUAACGGAUUUAAAAGAUGGCCUAGAGUUAUCAAGCCAUAGAUAUGAGCUUAAAACCUAUCCAAAUUGCUUUGCUGGAAGUGAGCUGGUUGAUUGGUUAGUGAAAAAUAACAGAGCAAGCUGCAGGACACAGGCUCAGUCUACUGGACAAGCGCUGAUUGAUAAUGGUUGGAUUGAGCAUGUUUAUCAAAAUGAGCAGAAUGUGUUUAAAGAUGAAUACAUGUUGUAUCAACCAACGAAGGUAGCUAUUUUAGAGACUGAAACAGCAUCCAUGACGGCUCGUCUUCAUGCAACUUCUAAUGACUAUUCAGAUGACUCUAGCAUAGAAAGAAAGCUUACAGAACUUGACGAUGAUGACGAUCUAGCUCCUAAAUGGUUUAAGCAGUUAUCCUCAAUCACACCUUUGGAUGAAAGUGAGAUUGGACAAAACGAAGGCGUGUUGUCUCAGAGCAAAAGGUUUUCAGCUGGUAGACAUCUUGAUUUGGACCAUGUAACAGGAGAUGAUACAGAUGCUCGUAAAGCUGAUCUUUCUCUCCAAAUGAACUUGGAUACUCAUAGAUUAAAUGAUGAUGUUAACAAAGAGAUAAAUGUCGACAAAGCAUCAAAAAUUUCACUGAUCACGCAUGUUCCACCAUUGCCACUUGACACCUAUGUAUGUGUUGAGGGACAUCAAACGGCAAUGAAAAAGAAAAUUGUUAAACCAAACAACUCUGCUAUUUCUGAAGAUAUUUUGCGUGGAGUUGUGUUUCCAAGGCCUAACACUGAGCCCGAAGCACAGGAAGAUAAUUCUGAUGACCCAGGAAAAGAUGAUUGUGGUGAACGAGUAGCAAGAGAACGUUUGAGUUUUUCAACAUACCAUCAUGUACAAGUUUUAAUGCAACAGUUGCUUCGACAAGAUAAUCUACUACCUACGUGGGAAGAAAUUAUAAUGCCGUUCAUAUCGAAGAUUAGUAAUAAGGUAGUACCAGAUGUUCGUCGGGAUGAUGACAUGGACAUCAGAACUUACGUGUGGAUAACAAACGUCCCAGGAGGCUUGAAAAAAGACAGUCAUCUUAUCAGUGGUGUUGUGUUUUGUAAAAAUGUUUCACACAAGAGAAUGACAGAUUAUUUCUUGCAGCCAAGAAUUUUAAUGAUGAGCUGCGCCAUUGAGUAUCAGAGAGUGGAAAACAAAAUGUCAUCUCUUGAUCCAUUAGUUUUACAAGAACAUGCAUUUUUACAAAACUUUGUCAAAAGGGUACUUGUGUUAAAGCCUAAUAUACUGUUGGUGGAGAAAAAUGUUGCAAGAGUGGCACAAGACAUGCUGUUGGCAGGUGGUGUCACUUUAGUUUAUAAUAUCAAACAAUCUAAAAUGGAAAAUAUUGCUCGUUGCACAGGUGCAAAUAUUCUCUCUACCAUGGAACAGGUUACAACAGCGCGUUUGGGUACUUGUCAACAGUUUCGAUUACAAAAAUACCCUCUUCCAAAAUCUAAAGAGACGAAAACUCUAAUGUACUUUGAUGGUUGUGCUCCAGAUCUUGGCUGUUCACUCAUUUUGCGAGGCGGCAAUGAGAAAACUUUAAUUAAAGUGAAAAAGAUCAUUAAGUAUUUAAUUUACGUUUCAUAUCAUUUGAAGUUGGAAGCCAAAUUUUUAAUGGAUGAGUUUGCUAUGCCACCACCACUGGAACAACUAGCACCGCAAAUUCAUCAAGCACUUGCUUGCCCUGGAGAGGAUUUAGCGGAUGGUUCAUUUGAUACAGAUGCAAAAUGUCAAACAGAAAAUCGAGCUGCUGUCGAGUUGUCAGAGUCGGAGAAGUUUUCAGAUGCUCUAUGUAGAAUUAUACUGACAAGUUCACCAUUUUGUCACUAUUUUAUGCCGUAUCUUCUCACAGAAGAAGGUAAAGACUGUUUUAGUAGACAAUUUGUUGCUUCAAGAGUGUACUGGUCACGUUAUAUGGAUGGAAGCGUUGCUGAACCAUCAAAAUUGCUUGAAGAUGACCACGAGUGGGUUGAAAAUCAAGACUUCAUAAGCCCUGACACAAUAAUAAAGGCGCCUCAUGCCUUUACUGACCCAGCAUCGUUGCUUGAUUGUAUUGAAGACAGUGAAAAAAGAGAGACACUGCUUAACGAUUUUCGUGCGCGAGGUGGGUAUGUUGAUCUGAAAAUGUAUCACAAAUACGAGGAGCAAGAAUCGCAAAAGGUUUAUGGAAAGUAUUGGAAGAAACUCUCACUUGCAGCUGGUGAUGUUGUAGAACAGGAAGAUGAAGAAGUUGAGAAUAUUGAAGAAGUAUUAAUGGAAAAUAUACCUGACCCAAAGCAUGAUUGUUUUGAUGCAUACAACCAUCAAAAAAUAGCUGUAUUGUUCACUAGUUAUCCAAGUGAAUCCCGUGCUCCAAAACCGUGCAUUACACCAUGGGCGGUAUAUAUGGAGUUCUACAGACGAAAUGAUAUAACUCUGGGUGGAUUCUUAGAAAGAUACUGCUUUAGACCUUCGUAUAUUUGUCCAAGCCCGAAUUGUUCUGUUGCUAUGGUUAACCAUGUUCGGUAUUUUGCACAUGGUAAAGGUUCACUGUACAUCCACAUGAGAAAUUUGGAAUCUCCCAUACCUGGAUAUGAUCGUACAAUAUUGACAUGGAGCUGGUGUAAAAUCUGCAAACAGGUCACUCCAGUUGUCCCUUUAUCAUUCGAAUCCUAUUCAAUGUCAUUUGCAAAAUAUCUUGAGCUGCGCUUCUAUGGUAGCCAAUACACAAGACGUGCAUCCGCUGAACCUUGCGGUCAUUCGCUUCAUCAUGAUCACUAUCAAUAUUUUAGUUACGGAAACAUGGUCGCUUCUUUUAAAUACCGUGCGAUUGAUCUGUACGAAGUGAUACUCCCUUCAAAUAAUAUUGUGGUUGGCAAGAAGAGACAUCCUCAAACAUUGGUGAACGAAGUAGAAGAUAUAUACGCUAAGGUUGAAUCAUUUCCUAAUGUUAUCAUGGAUCGUUUAAAUGGUUUAAAAUCUGAUGAUCCACAGUCAUUUAGUGCUACUCGAGAGGCUAAAAUAAAAGAAUUUAUGACUGAUCUUCAGAAAGAGCGAAUGAACCUGCAAGAUUGUGUUCAUGUCAUCAAGACGAAAGCAGACAAUUUAAUAGUGAAGAAAACGGAGGUUGAUGGUGAUUCAAAAUCAAGUUCUAACGCAACCAGUAAGUCAGAAGUGACACAGUCUGAACAUUUAAAAUCAAACAGCUCCAGUUGUAUUUCCUCUUCUGCUGAAGUCACGCAAGAGAACGGUGUGGAAUUAAAUGAUGACGAGAAAUACCUACUAUCGAUUGAUAUUGGAAAUAAAGUCUUUCACUUGAAGAAACGGAUGUGUGAAUCUGUUGAAAACUGGAACUUGAAGCUUCAAGAAUUUAUAACCCAAGAUAGAAAACGAGAAAAAUCAGCUGUCCGUUCUGCAUCGCCAGUUAAACCCACUAAUGUCCCGACAGAUAUUACAGAGUUUUACCCUGAUUCAGCCGAGGUAGAGAUGGAUCCUGCUCGUCCGAAGCCCCAAAAUCGCGAGACGGUCUCCGAAGUCACUCUCACAGAUGGAAAAAUUUUAAGACAGACAUACUUUGGAAAUACCCCCUCUCCUCAUCCUGGUGAUUCUACUGGUAAUGACUCUCCAUCGCGUGUUAGGAAGGUUAGCGGUCAAACAACAACAGCUGGGAGUGCAAGAAAAAUAUCUGAAAAUAAUCCUCCUAACAUCAUGAAGGAGAAAAAAGAUUUGUCGUUACAGUUGACAAAUGAUCGAGACAAAUCAAAUUCAGAUACUCCGUCAGAUAAAACAGAACCAGAAAGAAAUAAAGUAGGCAGUCCUUAUAUGUUGAUCUCCACGUUAAAGGAAACAGCUAACACAUCCAGUGAAUCAAUUACAUCGAAUAAUGCAUCAGCUGCAGGUGGGAAAGAAAAUAGUGAAGAUGGCCCAUUUAGUAAAGCUGUUUCUUUUGACCAAACAGAAUGUACUUCUGAAGAUAAGCUGCAAGACAAUGUUGUGGUAGAUGUGAAAUCACAGAUCGAAGCUUUACCUGAUUCCAACACAGAAACGAAGAAUAAAUGUGAUGACAAUGCAAUACGCAAGCUAGAUGAUGGUGGACCCAUUGACCCCUGGAUAGGUAUUCCACGAGCUCGUGCAGCAGAUCUAAUCUCUGAAAAGACUUGCUUGUCAGGUAGUGAACUAAGUUUGAAAGUGGAAUGUAAUAGCGACCAAGAUGAUCUUAGUGAUAAUCCCUCUGUAUUGACGGAAGACGACCGAGACUCAAACUUACCUGAAAGUGAAGUCCAUUCAGAGGUAGAGGUGGCUGAGGAAGAGAACGAUCAUCUGGAGGAUGCUAUCCAACUUGGCGAAUCUGCAGUUGAUUUUGUAGAGCGAGCCUUGUCUCCAAAAGAAAAUGAAAAAAAGGUUAAAGUGAAAACGGAGAGAAAAACUGUUGGGAAAUCAGUUGAACCUGUUGUACCAGUUUCUGUUAAGAAGGCAAGUUCGAAAUUUGUUCCUAAAUUACAAACAAAUGCUAGUAUAAAUAAGCCUAGAUCAAAGAGUACGAAAAAAUACAGCGAGUUCCCAAAGUUUCAAAAAGAAGAAAAGGUGGAGAAGAUUGAAUACUUAACACCGAAAGAAGUGAAAGCCAUGCAAGUUGCAAGAAGAAGAAGAACUGAAUGGGAGAACAGAAGUCGAAAAGUUACAAAAGAAAGUAAAGCUCCUCCUUCUCCUGUGAGUGCUGAACACUCAAAAGAAACACUACCUAUUAAAACUAAUCAUUUUGGUAGCUCUAAACCAUCGAAGCAAAAAACAACCAAAGAUCGUAAAUCUAAUCCGUUGAUCAAGCGCUUAGUGCAAAACACGUUGGAUUCGACAGAAGGAAAAAAGAAAGGCAAAAUAACACCAGUAAAGCAAGUCACAUCUAAAAAUAAGCGCCAGUCUUUACAAUCUUCUUUCAAACCGAUUAAGUUGGAUAAGGACUUUGAAGGAGACCAUCCAUUAAGUCCUGUCAAAACGGAUGAAGAUAUUGAGCAACCACUUUUAAAAACACCGGCAGCCGAAAGUACUUCCGAAGCGAAACAGCCUCUUUCUAACUACCAGAAACGCAAGAUGAUGGGACAUAGAAGAAUGAGAUCAGCUCCGUUAAGAGUUGCUCCUAAGGAAGACACAGAAGUUCCUUCCGAGUUAACGCCGGAAAGUCCGUUUGUGUUUUUAAACCCGAUGGAUAAUGAGGUGGUAAGAGAAAGAAGUCGUUCCCUUGGGAACAAGCAUGUUUACAAGGAAUCAAAGAAGCUUAGUAAAAUGGCGGAGUUGGUCUGCCAUGAGGAUCGUGUUGACUCAGAACGGGAUGUUCCUGAAGUUGUGCAGUAUGACGCCAACCCAACCACUAAUAUAACAAAUAUAGAUGGUAAAACAUAUGUGGUAAAACAACAAGACGAUCGAAAAAUUGUAGAUGAUGCUGCUUCAGUGAGAAAACCUACAAAACCAGGACAUACUCGACAUAAAUCUUUACAGCAUCGUUUUCUUUCCAUUGAAAAUGAUGUUACAGACGCACUCAAGUUACCUGCAGGAAUCAAUGAAGCUGCAACAGUUAACAGACGAGGCGGCAGUGAAAAGAUGAAAAAGAUCAUUGCUAACUGGCUUCCUGGAGUUAACUUUCAGCCCAUCCCACGACCAUUUCCUUCAUAUGAGCAGUACAUGCCACAAGUAAAUGGGUCAGCAUGUAUUGUGAUCAAUGAAAAGGAACCAACUUCGUUAAUCGCAUUUACUUUGAGCUCUCAAGAUUAUAUGAAUCAGCUUCAAAAUAUACAAGAUAUGAUGGCAGGGAAGAAAGUAACCAACACUUUCUUGCAAACACCGAUAAUAAAUAGUCAGCCCAACACGCCGAGCCCGACACGUAAACAAGUUUUAGUCGAGCUAAGAAAUUCACCAACAACGCCUAAUUUACCAGAAGGGAAUGUUGUACUUCGCAAUAACGCUACACGUCAACAACCUCUGCGACCUCGCUCAUGGGCUGAUCCCAAUGACGGUGUGGAUGAAGUCGACAGUGUCUCAAAUGCAGAAAAUUCAAUUGUCGACUCUCCCAUUUUGAAGCGUACAGCAGGUGUUGGUCGCCGUCAUCCUUUAGCGUCAGUCGAGUUGGAUCCGAUUAUGGACGGACUUGAUGUGGAAGACUCUGGAUCAUGUGAUGACGUAUUGGACGGCAGUGGUAGCGUCAAGUCGGGAGAGGAAGUCAGCAAAAAGAAGGAGGAAAAGGAAUUUGUUGAUCACAUCAAACUACAGUUUCAGAAUACUGUUGCAAGAUUUUAUUGCAGUGUUUAUUAUGCAGAACAAUUUCGGCAAUUGAGAGAGUUGAUCUUUCCAGAGGGUGAAGAGAGGUUUAUUCAAUCUCUUGCAAGAUGUAUGUUUUGGAAAGCGACUGGAGGAAAGUCAGGCUCAUCUUUUUCGAAAUCGCUUGAUGAUCGAUUUGUAAUGAAACAGAUGUCAAGACUAGAAGUGCAAUCUUUUGUUGAUUUCGCACCCAGAUAUUUUGCGUACAUAAAUAAAGCUAUCAAAGAAAAAAGACCAACCGCCAUGGCGAAACUGCUUGGUGUUUAUCGCAUUGGUUUUAAAAAUUCAGUGACGAAUACAACGAUGAGACAAGAUGUACUCGUGAUGGAGAAUUUGUUUUAUGAGAAGAAAGUCGACAAGAUAUUUGAUUUGAAAGGUUCAGUGCGUAGUCGUUAUGUACACUCUUCAGUGAAAGAAGAUGUUCUUAUGGAUGAAAACUUUCUUGAAAUGACAUGCGAAUCUCCGUUGUUUAUCCGAGCACAUAGCAAAGCUGUUUUGUCGAAAGCUAUUUACAACGACACCGAGUUUCUCUCCACAAACAUGGUGAUGGAUUAUUCUUUACUUGUUGGAAUCGAUGAAAAAAAUUCAGAGCUUGCGGUUGGUAUAAUAGAUUACAUUCGAACGUAUACUUGGGAUAAAAAAUUAGAAAGUUAUGUGAAAUCAACUGGUAUUUUGGGUGGGCAAGGCAAAAUGCCGACAGUUGUUUCACCGGAGGCAUAUCGAGACCGUUAUACGCAAGCUAUGCAAAGAUAUUUCUUGAUGGUUCCUGACAAAUGGACUGGUUUUGGUGCUGAUUUAAACUCGGUUUAAGAUCAAGGUGAUUGCACGACAAAGGAUGGACACAA